UUAACAAAGCUUGGAAGAAUGCUUGAUUGCUGAAUCAUGAAUUGGAGCGUUGCAUGCUGCACUUUGUGCGAGUAGCUAAGACACAAAAAUGAGCAUGAGGAGUUUUUGGGAUGUCCUAGUGCUGGUGGCGGUGGUGGGAGCCAGCGUCCGCUCCCAGCCUGAACCGGCGCCGGCGCCUGUGUACCCAGGCCCCAGCCCCAGCCCCUCUCCUUCCCCCUCCCCCUCCCCCUCCCCCUCGCCUUCCCCCACCCCCUCCUGGCUGACACGCGACCACUCGCCCGGCAUGUGCGCCACGUACGGCACCUGUGGCCACCGCCGCGACGGCGACCCGCUGCCGUGCGCCGCCAAUGUGCCGGCGGCGCCGCCGGAGGAAGCGCUGGCCACCGCACUGCAGGCCGUGUGCCCCAGCCUGUGGGCGGCUGCGGGCGGUCCCGCGGGGCGCUACUGCUGCACCGCGGAUCAGGUCCAGCGCAUCAGCUCCGAUACCGCCAAGGCCAUGCCCUUCAUCGUGGGCUGCCCCGCCUGCCGCCGCAACUUCCUGCAGCUGUGGUGCGUCACCACCUGCUCCCCCGACCAGGCGUCAUUCGCAAACGUGACGGCGGUGCAGACCGCGGCCGACACCAACUCCUCCACGGCGGUGUCGGAGCUCGAGUACUGGGUGUCGGAGCAGUACAGCAGCCAGCUGUACGACUCAUGCAAGGACGUCAAGUUCGGCGCCGCCAAUGUGCCGGCCAUGUCCUUCAUCGGCGGCGGCGCCACCAACGGCCAGGCAUGGCUGGACUUCCUGGGCACUCUGAAGGACAAGCGCUUCCCGCCCAUUGGCUCCCCAAUCCAGAUCAACUUCAGGCCUGAGAACGCGACGCCACCCGGGCUGUCCCCGCUGGCUGACCGCGUGGUGGCGUGCGGCGACAACGCCUUCCGCUGCUCCUGCUCCGACUGCCCCGCGGCGCAGGGCUGCGCACAGCCGGCGCCGGAGCCGCCCGCGCCGCCGCCCGCCUGCCACGUGGGCUCCCUGCGCUGCCUCACCUUCGCACUCAUCUGGGUGUAUGCCGCCGUGGCCGCCUGCGUGCUGGCCGGCUACGUGCUGGGACUGGGGGCCGGCAGCGGCGCGGCGGCCGCGGCCGCGGCAGCUGCAGCGGAGGCGGAGGCGAGCACAGGGGCGGAGGCGGGGGCAGGGGGCGGCAAGGAAAGGGCGGCCUGGGGCGUGGCGGCGGGCUGGGAGCAGGACGGGCUUGCGGGAGGAGGUGGCGGCGAGGCGGGGGCCAGCGGGCUCCGUCAGCCGCUGCUGCACGGCGGCGCGGGCGCCAGCGGCGGCGGCGGCACUGGGUCCGGCGGAGGGGCAGGUGGUGGCGGCGGCGGCGGCGGUCACCGGCCGCCGCGGGUGGAGCGGCUGCUGCAGCGGGGCUACUACCGCCUGGGUCUGUUUGUGGGCUACCACCCAGUGGCUGUGGCGGCUGUGGGUGUGGCGCUGGCGGGGCUGUGCUGCCUAGGCCUGAUGCGGUUCCGGGUGGAGACGGACCCGCAGAGGCUGUGGGUGGGGCCGGAGAGCCAGGCGGCGAGGGAGAAGGCCGCCUACGAAGCCUCCUUCGGCCCCUUCUACCGAGUGGAACAAAUGAUCCUGGCCACACAGCCGCCGCCGCCGCCGUCGCGGCAGCCGCCGCCGGCAGCCUCAGGGGCCCCGCCUCCUCCCGCCUCCUCCUCCUCCGCCGCCGCCGCCGCCGCCGCCAUCCUGAGCGGCCCGCACUUGCAGCUGCUGUUCGACAUGCAGCAGCUUGUGGACGAGCUGGAGGCCCCCAUCCGCCGCCCGGACGGCUCCGAGGGUGUGGUGCGGCUGCGUGACGUGUGCUUCAAGCCAUUCGGCGACGAGUGCGCCACUCAGUCCGUACUGCAGUACUGGCGGCUGAACCGCACCCUGUACGAGACGGAGCAGGCCCGGCCCGCCGGCUCGCCCGGCCGCAUGACGCCCGAGUACUGCUUCACACACUGGUACACCGAGUGCCGCAGUGCCUUCCAGGCGCCCAUAGACCCCCACGUGGUGUUGGGCGGCUUCCCGGUGGGAGACCAGUUCACCACCUACACCGCCGGCGCCACCUCGUUCGUGACCACCUACCCCGUGUCCUCGGAGCCGGCGCUGCGGGCGGCGGCGGCGGCCUGGGAGGCGGCCUUCAUCGACCUGGCGGCGGGGCGGCUGGGCGACAUGGCGGCGGCGGCCGGACUCAGCCUGUCCUUCUCCACCGAGAGGUCUGUCCAGGACGAGCUGACCCGUGAGAGCCGGGCGGACGCGGUGACGGUGGCGGCGUCGUACGGCUUCAUGCUGCUCUACAUCGCAGCGGCCCUGGGCUCCCUCCCGCCGCUGUGGCCGGUGUGGUGGGCGGCUCGGGGCCGGGGCCUGCGCGCGGCGGCGGCCUGGCUGCGGCGCGGCGCGCUCACCAGCCGCGGCGGUCUGGGUCUGGCGGGGGUGGCCAUCGUGGCACUCAGCGUUGCGGGCGCCCUGGGCCUGGUGUCUGCUGCGGGGCUGUGGUGCACGCUCAUCAUCAUGGAGGUCAUUCCCUUCCUGGUGCUGGCGGUGGGCGUGGACAACAUGUUCGUGCUGGCACACGCCAUGGGCAAGCAGGACCACGCGCUGCCGCCCGCCGAGCGCCUGGCCCUGUCCCUCGCCGCCGCCGGCCCCUCCAUCACCCUCGCCGCCGCCUGUGAGACGGCCGCCUUCGCUCUGGGCGGCCUGCUGACGUCAAUGCCGGCCGUACGGAACUUCUCACUGGCGGCGGCGGCGGCUGUGGCGCUGGACUUUGGGCUGCAGGUCACCGUGUUCGCGGCCCUGCUGGUUCUGGACGUGCGCCGCCUUCAGAGCCGCCGGCUGGACUGCCUCCCCUGCAUUCAGCUACAGCCGGAGCAGCUACAGCCCGGCGGCAGUAGCGCCAGCAGCAGCGCCAGCCGCCGGCGGCGGCGCGGCGGCGGCUCGCCGUACCGGCCUAGUACGGCAAUGAUGAUGGAGCGGCACUACGGCGGUACGAAGGACGUACUGGAUGAGGACGAGCUGUCGUACGAGCAGCGGCAACAGCAGGAGUACGGCAGUGUGACACGGGAGGACGACCGGCCGCCGUACAUUGGCCCCAGCAGCGACGGCGAGGUGGACGAGCACUCGUACUGGUCCCUGCAGCGCGUGCUGCAGGCCUACUUUGAGUGGCUGCACGCGCCGCUGCUGUCCCGCCCCGCCGCCCAGGUCGCGGUGCUGCUGGCCUUCGCCGCCUCCGCCUGCGUGUGCCUGGCGCUGUUGCCGCAGCUGCAGGUGGGGCUGGAUCAGGCGGUGGCUUUGCCGCGAGACUCCUACCUGCAGCCCUACUACCGUGACGUGUUGGCCCAGCUGCGUGUGGGUCCGCCGCUGCUGCUGGUGGUGGAGGAUCUGGAUCUGGAUCCGGCGGCGAGGCAGGUGGAGGCGCUGUGCGGCGUGGCGGGCUGCGACCCGGACUCACUGGUCAACCGGGUGUCCGCCGCCGCUCGCGACCCGGGCCGCACCUACCUGGCCGCCGCCGCCGCCUCCUGGCUGGACGACUUCAUGUCAUGGCUGUCGCCCGACCUGCCUGCCUGCUGCAGGGCACGAAACGCUGCUACCGGCGCCAACGCCCUGCUAGUCGGCGACCCGUACGCUCCUACAUCCUCCUUCCAGAGUCUUGCCACUACUGCGGCGCCUGCCUUCGGCCCCGCCGCCUCCCCCUCCAUCACUGGCGCCGCCGCCGGCUCCUACUGCCCGCCGCCCGACCAGCCGCCCUGCAGCACCAACGCCUCCACCUGCGCCGGCUGUCGCACGUGCGUGCAGACGGCGUUCGAAGGCGGCCGCCCCAGCGUGUCCCAGUUCCAGUCCUACCUGCCCUGGUUCCUGGGCGCCCGCCCCAGUGAGGGCUGCGCCAAGGGCGGUGUGGGCGCCUACAGCUCCGCACUGCAGCGGGCAGACCCCGACGACCCCACCAGCGUGGCGGGGCUACUGCCGGAGGCGGGCUGGCGGGAGGGGGGCUGGGGGGAGAAGGCGGGCUGGGGGGAGGAGGAGGAGGAGCAGGACGAGCAGGAGGAGGGGCAGGAGGAGGGGCAGGAGGAGGAGGCAGGGGCGACUGCAGCUGACCUGGCGGCGCGGCUUCGGCGGCGGCGGCAGCUGCUGAAGCAGCGGCGCGGCGGCGGCGCCGCCACCACCACCAUAAGUGCCGAUGGCGGCGGCAAGAGCGGCGGCAAGAGCGGCGGCGGCGGCGGCGGCAAGAGUGGAGGCGGCGGCGGUGGUCGUGUGGCUGCCAGCAGCUUCCGCACCUACUACCGCCCCCUCAGCCGCCAGUCCGACUUCAUCGAGGCCAUGCGCCAGUCGCGCGCCUUCGCCGCCGCCGCCUCCCGCGACCUGGGCCUCCGCAUCUACUCCUACUCCCUCUUCCACGUCUUCUUUGAGCAGUACCUGGGCGUGGCGGGCGACGCCGUGCGCAUGGUGGGGCUGCCGCUGCUGGCGGUGGUGGGCGUGGCCUGGGGCCUGGGCGGCAGCCUGGCGGCGGCGGCGCUGCUGGCGGUGGUGCUGGCCAGCCUGCUGCUGCACCUGGCGGGCGCGAUGGUGCUGGCGGGGAUACAGGUGAACGCGGUGUCACUGGUCAAUCUGGCCAUGGCUCUGGGCAUAGCGGUGGAGUUCUGUGCGCACGUGCUGCACGCAUACAUGGUGGCGGCAGUGCCACUGGCCGCGGCGGUGGGGGGGCAGCAGCCGCAGCAGCCGCAGCAACAGCAACAACAGCAGCAGAGGCAGCGGGGGCAGGGGCAGCAGGGCUCAGCCGGCGGGGACGGCAGCGCCUGGAGCCGCCUCAUAGCCCGCCUGCGCGGCGGGUAUACGCAGCUGCCGGCGGCGGCGGCGGCAGCCGACGGCGCAGCCGGCGGCGGUGACGCCGCCGCUGGCGGCGGGGUGUGGCGGCUGGGUUUCCUGGGCGGGCCGCAGCGCGCGGCGCGGUCUCGUGCGGCGCUGGUGUCGGUCGGGGCCUCGGUGUUGAGCGGUGUGACGCUCACCAAGCUGGUGGGGGUGGCGGUGCUGGCGUUCGCGCGCACCCAGAUCUUCGAGAUCUACUACUUCCGGCUGUACGCGGCGCUGGUGGUGGCGGGCGCGGCGCACGGGCUGGUGCUGCUGCCGGUGCUGCUGGCGCUGGCGGGGCCCACAGCAGUGUUCUGAACCUGUUCUGCAGCGCCGCUCUCGAGUGCUUGUGCGUGAUGGCUUCGGGCUUUUGAGUUCUGGGUUGUUCUGAACCCACUUGGCGCACCAGGUAGCAUUAUUGACGUGUGUUGCGGAACUAAUGCGUAUUAGGGACUUGUGAGAAUGGGGAGAGUCGCGGAGGCGCGGGCAACGCGGAGGAGGGCCGCGCGGACCGCAAGCACGAGGGAGGGCGCGGGGGGGUUGGUGCCGGUGUCUGCUCCGAGCUCUCUGUGUGGCAGUAGGGACGCGCGAGAGGGGCGGGGCUGUGUAGGACCACCUGGGAGGUACCGCACGAGUGAGUGUGUAUGUGUGUGUGGGGGGAACAUUCGUUGGGACAGGGAUGUUGUUCGGCCACUGGGUGGGUGCCCCAAUGGCCACGCCCGGUGUGUGUGUGGGGGGGGGGGCCUUCACAUUGGGCGUGUGUGGAGAGCAGCAUACCAAAAUGCAGCAGCGCGCUGUUUCCAACAGCUGUGUGACUUUAAGCGUUAGCUGCAGUUGUCUUCGUUCAACAUGGGCCGUGGGAGGCCGUGGGCCCGGUUGCAAGAAUGCUGUGUUGGGCUGGGCGGCAUGGUGGCGUGUGCGCGCGUGUGUCUGUGUGUCUGUCGAAUCCCUAGUACAAGCAACAGCAGAGGGUGGUGAGAAGCAUAGUCCCGAGUGUGGUGGCUAGAAUCCCGGCGCGCAAAUCCCACAAGGCAGGUCAGGUGUGUCCGUGUGUGCACCCUGUCGUCCAGGUGGGCGGCACCUGCGACCUGUGGCUGCAGCGCUCUAGGGGCAGGCUGGCGUAGUCCCGUAGUUGUGCAUCGUGUUCCCAGACCCCAACAUCCAAGGCAAGAUUGCGUGACUGGUAGAAUGCCGGAGUUACUGUAGCGAGACAGUG